AUGUCUUCCGUGAACCGUGACGUCGAUACCGUCGUCGACGACGUUGACAAGCUCCCCCGCGAGAAGAAGUCCUCCCGCAGCAAGUCGGAGCGCAGCCUCAGAUCCGACAAAGGCGACAAGGAACACCGCUCCUCCCGUGUGAGCUCACGAUCCUCGAAGUCGAAGAUGGUUGACGGCAGCGGCCUCGGAAGCGAUACCCACUCGCGUUCCCACUCUCACCGCCGUCACCGCACCCGCGAAGAACGAGACCGCGACCGCAGAGACCGGGACAGGGACAGAGACAGAGACAGAGACAGAGAACGUGGCCACGACCGCUCCUCCUCCAUGACCGACCUCGUCCCCGAGCUGGCCAGAACCUCCCUGACCAACUCUACCGAUCGCGUUUCCGUUCCCUACCCGACCUUUAGCAAGGCGCACAGCAAGGAGGCUGUCCGCAGCAAAGAUGACGUCUCGGCCGUCGCCGAGAAAGAAAAGCAGAGAGAUCCCUUUACCCCCGAGGCGACCGACCUCGGACAGAGCGACGUCCACCGAUCCAAGAGCGUGAACGAUGCCUCGCGCAAGGUUUCGACCAAAGAGAGGCCUCCCAGCCCGCCCGAGACAGAUUUGUCCGACAAGAGACGAUCUGAGACGCCCGAGUCGUCGCGCAAGGAGCGUUCAAGCUCAAGAUUAACCGAGAAGAGGGAUAGGGAUGACCGACCGAUCUCGCGACUGAGCGGCCUUUCGAUUUCAAGGUCGGGAUCUAGAGCCGACGAAAGAUCCCGGGUGAGCUUCAAGUCCAAGAGUAGCAGUCAGGCCACCUACGUCAAGUCGCCCUCUUUCCCUCCCGGCGUGCAGGAGAGCCUCAACAUCAAGCCGAGCAGGUCUUCCUCCAAGCGCAGUUCGUCGAGCAAGAAGAGCCGACGAUCCGAUAUCCAAGAUGGCGACUCGUCCCCUGAGAGCGUGAUGGAUUCGUCCCCAAAGACCCCGACCCAAUGCCCGAACUACCCCCCGCCCUUGCCGCCGGACCAGAAGCCGCACCCUGGAUUGGCUCAAGUGUAUGCUGAAGAGAUCACGCCCUCGGGCACCCCAGCGACCGACCUCCCUGGACCUCCUCCCCCGCCGCCACCUCCUCCGCCUCUGGACGUCCACGAGGCGCCUAGAGUCGACUACCUCUUGCAGAACGGCGGACUGCUUCAACCCCUACCAAAGACGUUUUUGUCUGUUCUUCCUCGUCAGAAUGGCGCCAGGCCUUCCAACCCCCCUCUCGUUGGCGCACAAACGCUGUUCGCCCCUUUCUUCAACUUGCUGGAUCAGUACAACUCGGUGCUAAACAGAAAUGGCUCGGUAGCCGUUGCAACCGGUCACCGAUCGGUUGCUCGCAGACUCCUGGACCGCCUUGAGAAUGUGUUCUCUCGGGAGCUGCCCGAGUAUGGAUGCACCUGCGUUUUGUGCGAGAGAGGGCCCGAUAUCCAGCACCGCGGCCUGGGCUGGGGCGAGGUUCUUGAGUGGGUUAGCGGUCGCAUCGAGCUCCCACAAUGGCCUCCCUUUGACUUGGCGACCUUGGGGUCUGCCGCUGCGGACAUUGCCGCGGAUCUCCCCCCUCGUCCCGAUUCGCCCAUCCAGAUCGACCCCGAUAUCGCCGAGGAGUUCCGCGAGCACUACCUCCAACGGUCUAAGAAGGUCAGGGGAGCUGUGGACAAGUGGUUGAACAAGUGCGGUGACUCGACCGCCCCGACGCCACAAGACGUUGACGACGACACACUCACGUUCGCCAUGCUUACGAACCUGGACCCUGAGGACCAGCCGUACUUCAACGCCAUUCUCACCGGCUCUAGCCAGCUCAAGCCCACGACGAGAGCCCCUACACCCUCUCACUCUCACCGUCCCCGCCCCGACUUCGUUAUCAAGGCCGGUCUUUCCCUCCAGCGUCUGUAUCGCUUGCAACAGACGCCCCGCGAUGCCGAAGUCGCAAUGUACCUUGUCAAGAACCCUCAUACCCACGAUCUCGUUGUGACAAUGUCCGAUAUCAACACCCAGGAGUGGGAGAUCUUGACUUCGGGAAGAUUCGAUGGCUUCUUGUGGUCUGGCGCCGACGGAGACGACGUCAACACCCCGAUCGCCGACUCCCGGGGAGCCACUCCCGCGAGCGGCUACUUCCCUUCUCGACCCUCGACUGGAGGGCCUUCUCGCAACGCCACCCCGUACUCUCGUGGCGCCACUCCAGCUUCCUUCGUAAGCGGUAUGUCAGCUGCCGCGAACCGUCAGGCAGUGUCCCGUGAUGAGGAGAUGGAGAUGGCCGUCUUGGCGGAAGUGGAGCGUGAGAUCUACCAGGGUAUGGAGGUGCUGGAGGAUGCCUUCGAGGCACUUCACCUCAGGGCGGAAGUUGUCCGGACGGCGCUGCGCAACAGAGGCGCAGGCCUCGCGCACAGCUUGCAGAGCCGCCGGCGUAUCGAUGUGCUGCCCGGCUCCGGCAACUCCCAGUCUUCAGGCUACGAGCGCCCGGGAUGGGCCCAGGGCGAUUUGGACAACAGCGAUGACGACUGGAUGGGCGGCGACGACUUCGAGCUCGCUCCCGACGACUCGGCCAGCAACAUCAGCAGCUCGAGACACCGCCGACCCAAGCGCCGGACGGAACGGCGCACACCCGCUCCGAUCGAGGAGGACGAUGAGGAAAACUGA